UAUUUUAGAUUGCAAUGAUCUUUAAUCUGUUAUCGUUUUAAAGUGCCUGAAGCAUGUAACAACCGUGCACGUAAUAAAUCUUAUGCAUUGCAUUUUGCAUGUGCAUUUCAAAUAAGUACGAAGUUCUCUGCUAACGUUUAAGUUAGUUGUAACUCGACGUAUCGAGUGUCGACAGCUGCUUGCCUUCGGCUGCUUUCAGUGCAAUUCGAAUUUUCGCGUGCGAAUCGGUGGGAUUUAUUUUUUCUUUUCGUCUGCAAAUGCAGAGCUCACUGUUCGUGUUCUUCCGCGAUAAACUCUGCGGUAAAUGAAACGAUUUUCGGUGGGAUGCGUUUAUACGCGACGAUCAUCGCGAAGGUUUACGUCAAGUAGUUGGCCUACAAAACGUUUCUGAUAAUCAUGAAUCUGCAAACACUCUUUCAAGACUUCAAUCCAAGCAAAUUUUUAGUGCAUUGCUGUUUGAUGAUAUUUACAUCGCUGUUUGCUCUUCGGCUGGAUGGUUUUAUAGAAUGGAAUUAUUGGUGUGUCUUUACGCCAAUAUGGUUUUGGAAGAGUAUGGUAAUUUUGGGUGCUACUGUUGGAAGUUAUGUUUGGUGGAGACACCCGCAUGCAAGACUGGAAGGAGAUGCCUAUGUACAUUACAAGGCAAUGUUAAUUACUUUGGCAUUACAUUUGAUCCUGUUAAUGUUUGAAUUGUUAGUAUGUGAUAAAUUAGAAUCUGGGAGGCACCUUUGGAUACUUGUAUUUAUACCACUGAUCUUCAUUUCUAUAGUAUCGAUAGCAGUAUGUAUUUGGGCUGCAAAACAUGAUCGAUCAUUUGAACUUGAACUGUUCUGUGCAGUUAAUGUACUGCAGUUUAUUUUCUUGGCAUUAAGGCUAGAUCAUUUUAUAUUAUGGAGUUGGGAAGUAGUAUUUGUGCCUGUUUGGACACUUUUAAGCUUGUCCCUAGUGGCUGUGCUAUAUGCGAUAGUAUUUGCAGCUGUUUUAUUAAGAGCACCACAGGUUACUGCCAGACAGAGGCGAACAUCUUUAAAUUCUGCAUUGGCAUACACAUUUCUUGUGGUUCCAAUCUCUGUGUUCCAAGUGUUAUUAGCAAACAAAUUAGAUGGAGAUAUUUCAUUAAAUUAUACUACAGUAGCUAUGCCGCUUUUAAUAUCUCAUAUAACACUUAUUUUUAUGUCUUUUGAUGCAAAAGGUGGAAACAGAUGGUGGUUUGGCAUUAGGAAGGAUUUUUGUCAUUUUUUAUUAGGAUUAUGUCCAUUACUUCAAGAAUAUGGUAAUAUUUCAUACCAGCCAAGAAGUGAUCAGGAUCAACCACCAUCUGAACCAAUGGUUUCAGAUAAAAAUGAAAAACAUGUUAAGAAAAUCGACCUAACAAAACCUGUUGUACCUAUAAUUUCAAUCGAUAUGCCUGAUUGAUUAUUUUUAUCUAGGAUUGAUUGGAGUAUUUAAAAUAUUUGUACCGAUAUGACUGGUUAAUACCAAGAGUCACAUCUUUUCAAAUAACAGACAGGUGCAUAUACAUAAUAGUGAAGUCUAUUAUAAAAAAGGGGGAAACUAUUAUCUUCAGUACGACAUGUCGUAAUGAAAAUCUUGUUAUUGUUAAACUCAUUGUGCGCCAAGGCAAUCAGAACUAUCCAUUAAAAUAUUAUCCUAUUUUGUUCCUGGGGCUAAAAAAAAGCCUUUUGCAGUAACUAAAGAUUUUGAUAGGGGGAACUCUACAAAAUUUUUUAUGAUCAAUUAAGAUGACCUGUAAGGAACAAAAAUUUUGUUAUCAAUGCUAGAUCAACGGCCCCUCGAGCAAAUUUAGCAGUCGCAAUGCUCAAAAUGAAAAUCAUUAUGUCUCUUAAAGCUGCAUUAAUUUUUUAUGUGUAUUCGAACACUUACACGUAGGUGGGAUUCUGCAAUAUAUGGACUUGUUCAAAUCUGUGCUGUAUCAUUUUUUAAUUUAAACAAAAUGUCGUCGGGUAAUGUGAAACUGAUAGUGAAAUAGGACAAGUUUCAAUGAAUCCACUUAUUGCAGGUUUCUGGUGUAGAAUAAGAGUAAUCGACCCGUCCAUUUCUUUGAUUGAUCCUUCGUAACGAUAUAAGAUAAUUGUCGACCUAUUUUAUUAUGCCUGUUAAUAGUGAAAUUACGUAAUGAUAGUAUUAAUAUUACUUUGCCAAAAGUAGUAGUUACAAAGAAUGGUGAACAUGCCUAAGCUGGUGCUAAAAAUUAACAAUACUUUAGACAUGUUUUACAUGCGACUAAGACCUGUGUUUAAAAUUUCGUUUAAUUCUUAGUACACCGUGAUCUGUAUAAAGCGAAGUUUCAUUUAUAAUUACUUAUAUUUUAAACCAACUUACGAUGUAAAUAGCACACCAGAUUACAGGACUAAGUAAUGUUGUACAGGCCACAUUUAAAAGAAAUUGUUGUGUAUAUAGUUAAGUCUCGGAUAACGAAUGAUUAUCUAAUGUUUAGUUGACUUAAAAUUAAUAAGUAUUGCGUCAUAUAUAUAAAGAUAAAGUAAUAAUAUAGGACACACGAAUACUGCGUACAAUAUAUACAUGUAAUAUAAUCAAACAUUAUAUUUGCAAUUGAUCAGUUCAGCUUCCCUUGUUUCUAAUACGAAAUUACAACACAAACUCCAGCAUUGAACGAGACUUAACUGUACGAUGCAUAUAGCAAAUAGAAUGGAAUUAUUGUAAUUAAUGAUCGAAGGGAUCGUAAAUGGGGUACGUUAUUCAAAUUAUCUUAUAUGCCAGUUUUCCUUUUGUAAAAAUGCUUCACGUAUAUUCGAACCCCUUUUUAAAUAAUUUUUAAUUUACUACGCAUAUUUAUGUCUGUGUUCAUGACAAAUAAGUUGACAACACAUAAUUAGAAACAAGAGCCAUAUAUUUAUAUUAGAAUAAUUUUUGUACGUGUUCCUAAAAUGUUUGCAAUAUUUUUUAUUAAAAUAUUCAUAUAUUGAUAUUAGUAGAUGGUCAUUUUGAUGCGUGCGUCAAACAUAUUCAAAGGACUCUGUUACUUUAAGCGAUAAAUUUAGAUUUAAAUUCUUUUGUAUGUUUACAACUCGUGAGUUGCUUGAAAAUACCAAUGAAUAAUUAGUGCAUUUCCUAAUUAAUAAUAUAACAAGUACGCGUCGUUGUUAUAUACCAAAUAAUUUAAAUUUUACCGUAUUUUAUUGAAUUAAUCGAUUCUUUCAACAAACAGAGAAACAACACAAUGUUCGGAGAUUGAAAUUAUUCGGAAUUAAAGUAAUAUUAUAUGUGUGUGUAUACGUUUAUGUUGUGCGCGUCGUUUUAUACUGAAAUUUUAUUGUAAUCGUGAAGACUUUCAUUUACUAGAAUCUGAUAAAGUAAGAAUGUGCGGUUCAUGCAAAGGAUUUCGAAUAAACCUACGAGGAACGGAAAGCAGGUGCAAUGUACCUGGUAACGUAUUUCAAUCUUUGAACAUGUUCAUGAAACUGCAGAAAUAUUUGUUCGAUAAGUUGUGCGUUACGUAUGCAUUGUAAAAUUAAAAAUUUUAGAACACAAAGGAUAUAAUCCAAGAUUUUUGAACGUACUAACAUGGUUUGUUGUAUAUGAAGCGUAAAUUGUUCAAAUAUUAGGUUUGUAAUCGGCCUUAAUGGGACAAGAGAUCGGAUAUAUCGGCUAGGAGACAAGACUGAGCACUUUGCAUCUUUAGAAUAACAUCGGCAAGAUGUAAAAAGAAAAAACAAAUAUUCGCGCGACUUUCAAGAAGAGACGUUUAAAGAUAAGAGCAUUAAUUGUUAACGUUAAUAGAUACCAUUAAUUAUUAAGUAUAUCCAAUCAUUUAUUGUGUUAUGAUGUAGAAAUAAUGUACAUAGUCUGUUGUAUUACAAUAACAUUAUAGACUAUAUUAUUAA